GAUGAAACUAUACAAGAGAUUCCACUUGUUUCUCUAGAAGAAGCUGUCAAACCACUUGUUUCUAUUUUACCUGGUAUUCGUAAAUAUGUGCGUGUAGUCAAACAACGAUGUCCGACACAACCAGCUGAUGGAUUAACAAUUGAUGAGUCUUCAUCAAUAAUGCUCUAUUCCUCAGCAUGGAAAGCAAUUGAUAAAACUUUAUAUACUAUUCUAAAUGAUGCACUGCGUUCAAUAGAUCGAACUAAACUUAAACCAUGGUAUCUCUAUUUGAAACUUCUUCGUACUGCACUUUCUCAUCUUCCAACAACAUGUCGAUCCGUUUUUCGUGGUAUUAAACUAGAUUUGCAUAAUGAAUAUCGUAAAGGUGAAAAGAUUAUUUGGUGGGGAUUUUCUUCAUGUACAAGUACAAUCGAUGUUUUACAAUCAGAAACUUUCUUAGGAAUCAAUGGUCCACGAACAAUGUUCACAAUUGAAUGUAAUUCUGGUAUAGAUAUCCGAAAUCAUUCUUUUUUUCCAUCGGAGGAUGAAAUUCUUCUUAUGGCUGCUACAAAUUUCAAAAUUAUGGGUAAUUGUAAUCAUGGGAAUAAUUUUCAUACAGUUCAGUUAAAAGAAAUUCAACCUACCAAUCGUUAUCAACAUCUAAGGGCAUUUCCUUCGGCAUUAAUGAAAAUAUUUUUACCUAUUGAAACAGAUCCAUAUGCACCUCCAUCAAUAGCAAUGAUGAAUGAAAUAACAAAAUAUAAUAUAAAACCAGAAAAUGCUCCAUCUGAUAUAAGUUUGCCAUCAUUACAAAAGAAAGUGAAACGUUGUGGUGGUAAUGCUUGUUUAGAAUGUGGAAAAUGUAAUGAUUGGUAUUAUGAUGGUGAUAUGAAUUAUGAUUACGAACUUUUAAAACGUCAACAUUGUCGUAAUAUCCUUCAAAGAAAACGUUGGUCAUAUACAAAUGAAGAAGCAUCAUGUCGUCGUAAUCUUCCUGAAAUUAGUCAUGGUCAUGAUGAUGGAGUUCUUAUUUUCAUUCAUGGUAUUGAUCUUGCUGUUUUUAUUUCUCAUAUUUGUCAAUGUAAUCAAUAG